AUGGCCACUGCACAGAGACUUCUCAUCACUAUGUUCUGCGAAGACAGCGCUCAGCGGACGCUGCCUGCUGCUUUCCUCCUCCUGGGUUUGCUAGCCGGGAUCGCUUCCACACACCCAGUUGUAAGCAGAGCUAAUGGCACAUUGCUGGAAAGAGGAUGGCAAUCUCUGCUGUCCAGGUCCAUUGCUGGGAUGUCAGGGGAGAAGUCAGAGGUGAACUGGGAGAGUGAUUAUUUGCUAGGCAUCAAGAGGCAGCGGAGGCUUUACUGCAACGUGGGCAUCGGGUUUCACCUUCAAAUCCUCCCAGACGGCAGCAUAAGCGGAGUUCACAAUGAAAACCAAUACAGUCUCUUUGAAAUAUCCACCGUAGAGAGAGGUGUAGUGAGCCUGUUUGGGGUGAAAAGUGCUCUCUUCGUCGCAAUGAACAACAAGGGGAAGCUAUAUGGAACGGCUGUUUUCCAGGACGAGUGCAAGUUCAAAGAGACCUUGCUGCCCAACAACUACAAUGCCUACGAGUCAAACGCUUACUGCGGGGCUUACAUAGCCCUCAGCAAACACGGGAGAGUGAAGAGAGGAAACAAAGUUUCUCCUGCUAUGACCGUGACCCACUUUUUACCCAGAAUAUGA